AGCUAAGCUAGCGGCUAGCAGCUAGCACUUAGCUCGACAGCGUCAACGGGAACUGGACGAAACAGACUAAUCUGGCGAAGGGAGUGAUACGAGGGCAGUGGCUGCAUUGAUAUUGACAAAAAGGGUUAGAUGAGAGGCUGUCCGUCUAAACUAGCACCGGUGUUGACGCUGUAAACGCGUUGUUCGGUUGUUUUGUUGUUUUGUCACGGCAGACAUUUAGGAGCUGCUGUUAGCCCGUUAGCCUGUCAGCUAGCGCUUCCAACCGAGGCAGAGGAAAAGUCCAGUUUUGAUUAUUUUUUUUUUCGUACCCGAGGAUCACCACUCAGCUGUGGCACUAUGACGUCAAGGAAGAAAGUACUACUCAAAGUCAUCAUCCUCGGAGACUCUGGAGUUGGAAAGACCUCGUUGAUGAAUCAGUAUGUGAAUAAGAAGUUCAGCAACCAGUACAAAGCCACAAUAGGUGCUGAUUUCUUGACGAAAGAAGUCAUGGUGGAUGACAGACUUGUCACAAUGCAGAUUUGGGACACAGCAGGUCAAGAGAGGUUCCAGUCUUUAGGUGUAGCGUUCUACCGUGGAGCGGACUGUUGCGUCCUGGUGUUUGACGUGACUGCACCCAACACCUUCAAGACCCUAGACAGCUGGAGGGACGAGUUCUUGAUCCAGGCCAGCCCACGAGACCCGGAGAAUUUUCCCUUUGUGGUGCUGGGCAACAAGAUCGACUUGGAGAAUAGACAGGUAACAACCAAGCGAGCACAGGCUUGGUGUCAGAGCAAGAACAACAUCCCAUAUUUUGAAACCAGCGCUAAGGAGGCAAUCAACGUGGAGCAGGCUUUCCAGACUAUUGCACGCAAUGCUCUCAAACAGGAGACCGAAGUGGAGUUGUACAACGAGUUCCCUGAGCCAAUAAAGCUGGACAGGAACGAGCGGGCCAAGCCGUCAGCCGAGACCUGCAGCUGCUGAGGACUCUGAAGAUCUUCAGAGGGUCAUCAUUGCCCUCACUUCCCUGUCUUGCCUUGUCUAUAUAUCCCCUUUCCCGUGGCCCACUGUGUUAUUCCUCAACGCCCAACAUACAAGCAGCAUCCCACUCAUAGAGUAUACUACUACACACACAAACAUGCUGCAGUCACGUCCUUAUGUAUACAAAACACACAUUUUCUAUAAAAAUACGAGUCUCCAAGCCCAAAGAACAGUUAAAGGAAACAUUGUGGCAUUUACUUGUACGAUGCUUAAUACUUCCCAGUGUUUCCCCUUGUACUCUUUCAGCGCAGCGGUGGUUCGGGCUAAUCUUGUUUUUGGUUCCCUGUGUGUCGCUGCUUUCGCGCCCAGUUUUUGUUCCAAUGACUUUUAUUUGGAGACAUUAAGUGGUAAAACGGUGCAUUACUUCAAUACACGUUUGUGUUCUUGAUUUAAGUUAGACAAAGUAAUGUUCUUCUUCUUUUUUUUUUUUUAAAUCAAAUUUACAGUGGCAGUGGUGGUGACCUCUUUAUUUUCUUAGCCCGCCACUGCUGCACGAAGAGGAAACACUGCUCCCCUCAUUUUAUUCAUUUGUGUUGUGGCUUAAAUUAGUUUCACUCUUAUACACUUGUUACCAUGGUUUCACUUUACCUCAUAUAAAAAAAAGAAAAAAAGUAAAUCGUGAUACUUAAGCAGAGGGUCAUGUGUGUAGGUGCACAUGUGGAUCACAUUAAUAUGCUGCCUGCUGAUUCUUGUCAAUUGGCAUAGGAUUGAGAAGUCCAUCAGACAAGUGUGUACAGUUUUUUUUUUUUUUUCUUUCCUUGCACUUUUUCUGUCAUCCUCAGUAACCGAAGACUUGUUGAGACAUCUCAUAUUGGAGCCACAAUAAAUGUAGUUGUAGCUCAGGUUGGGGACAUCAUGCGAACACAGACUCAGUUUCUUGAUGUAAGUGCUGUUCCUCCAUUGCGAAAAUGAAGGUUUGUCUUGUAACCUAUUAUUCUUGAUACAACAUUUGACAUGGGAGCGCAUCAGACCGAGACAGCAUGUCAAUCUACCUGAUGGUUCUGGAGAGAUUCUUUUCACGUAUAAAAACAUCAUCCAUAACUGAGUACUAUUAGCUAGUACAUUUCUUAUUACUGUCAACUAUUGCAAGACUUUGUAUAUUUGCAGACCUCUCAAUCAUUGUGCGGAGGAGGCAAAAACGUUGUGUUGUAAAUCUCCAUAUCUGACUUCGCCAGUUGCUCGUGUUGGCAAACGAUUAAGUGCUUGACAUUCUUUUAACCGAUCAGAUCUUUACCUGUCUGUUCGUAUUCUGUUAAAACUUUGAAAUGCUUUAUAGAUUACGAGAUAGCAUACAUACUGUAACUCUGAAAGACGAAAAAAAAAUGUGUGUGGGGAGGGGGGGGUAUUGGCAUUCGUCAUUAUUAUAUUAGUAUGAUAAAUGCAUAGCAUCUACAUUGUUUCAAAAAUGUCUUUGCGUUUCAAAUAAUAAGGGUAAUAAAAAUCUUGAAUAAA